CGUUGCGGCUCGAGUUUGUCAGUGCUCAUAGGUCAUAGCCAUAGCCAUACCAGCCGCUGCAGAAGCCCGCGCCUUGGAUAAUUUUAUUCCACACUGGACGGACUGACCUCCGUUUUACGCUACCGCUACCUUACCUCACCUACCAUCGCAACGCAACGUCAAGCGUCCCCCGUUUUGUCCGACGCAACUCGGCAAAUCCUCUCUCUCAGUGCGUCUACUCUUCGGCUUCGACUGCGCUCAUUGAAACAAGUCAUUCAAUUUUAUUUCGGAUUUCUUUGCUGCGUUUCGUUUUCCAUCCUUUGUUUGUGCGGCUUUAUUGGCUUGAGUCUGCCGCCUUUGUUCACCCGUGCCGACUUGACAAAUCCACCCGUCAACUUACUUUUUUGCGGCCAACGUUUGGCCGCCCACAGCUCGUGUCGCGUCGCGAACGCCCUGGCCGUAUCGAUCCGAGAAGCUUCGUCAAACUGAAGCCCGCCGCAUACGAAUCCUGCACCGUCCGCGAGAGGAGGCUCACACGCUGUCUACACGGGUGUCGCAUCAACUGGGCGACUCCCGUCCUCACUCAAUCCCCAAGCCGGCACGAUGAGUAACCGCCAUCUGCCGGCUGGGCAGAAUAUACAGGGAGGAGCUCACGGCGCCGAUAUGGUCGGCGGUCCUGGAGCGCCUCGUCGGAGGCAGCCUCCUCCCUAUGUUCCGUACCAGCAACAUCACCAGCACAUGAACGUCAUGUAUCCUAACAACUACAUGGCCUACAACCAGCAGUACUAUGGGUAUCAGCCACACUACCAGGGUCAGCACUACCAGAACGCACAGUAUCCGAACGUGCAGUAUCAAGGCGGACAGUAUCAGGCUGGACAGUAUCAGAAUGGGCAAUAUCAGAAUGGUCAAUACCAAACCGCACAGUAUCAAAAUGCUGGAAUGCAUUCUCCUGGAUAUGUGCCUUACCAGAACUUCGCACGAUCACCACCUGCUAUGCCUCAGUACAUUCCCAUGUCUGGCGUGAGCGUUCCUCCGAGCUAUACUCCUCGACCAGCUCAGCAACAGUCACCUGCUUUGUCGAAUCCCUACCAACCUCCGGCUGCGGCUCCAAUCCCGCCCCAGACUCCCACCUCCACCCACUCGUCGCAGAUGAUUCCUCCCCCGACUCCCCCGGUCCCCCAGGAGACUGAGCUAGUUCCUCCCGGUCCUGCUGCGCCUGCCGAGCCUGCGGAACCUACUCAAGUGCCUUCGCCUCCUCCCGCUCCCAAGGAACCCUUCCGUGCACCUCUACCAUGGUCAUCUCACCCCGAUUUUAAGUUCCCUGCCAGGGCCACAAAGUCGAGGAGACGGAGGAGGCAACUCAAUGCUGACAGUGAAGCUUUAUCUUUACCAGUUGAGCAGCAACAAGCGGCCACAGAGCAUGCCAAUGCUCCUGAAGCUAAUGUCACCCAGCAUUCGGAUGCAGUUCUCACCCCCGCGUCCUCGGCUGCUCCCUCUGAGACUGCCGAAAUAAAGGCUGCUGAUUCUCCCGUUUCUCCUGUCCAGCAACGAUCACGCACCAACACUGCCACCAGCGCUACCUCGACCGCGACGAACCGCGCUGCCGCUCGCUCCUCCGCCGUCCCUGCCCCAGCUAUUCCUUCUCUCCCUAAGGCCAGUCCUAAGGAGGCUAAGCCUGUGCGUGCUGAAAAGCCGGCAAACGGCGAUGUAGCCCCUGAGACUGCUCCUGAGGGAUCGACGAAAUCUGAAGCCCUCGAGAAGGGAGCCCCUGAGAAGCCUGCUGAGCCUGAGCCCGCCCCCGAACCUGCCCCAGCAGUUAAGGCUGCCCCCGCAAACUGGGCGGACCUUUUGAGGAAGCCUGCUGCUGCUGCUGCUCCUGGAAAAUCGAAUGCGGUUAAUGGUACUGCCUCUCCUAGUACUCCGGUCAACGGCCAUAGUACUGAUGGUGUUGUUGGAGCCACCAACGGCUCUGCCUCCAGCUUUUCUAAAGCCAACGCAAGCUCUGUUGCGGAGGCUAUUCACUCGUUCCACGUUGGUCUUGCCGACCAGGUUUCUUUCCUCGAGCCUCGCGGCCUGAUCAACACCGGGAACAUGUGUUAUAUGAACUCUGUAUUGCAAGUUUUGAUGUUUUGUCUUCCCUUCUAUGAUUUCCUAAGCCAGAUCAGCAAGCGUGCUGUUCACAGCUUCAAGAGUGAUACUCCUCUUAUCGAUGCCAUGAUUAUGUUUAUGCAUGAAUUCAAGACCAUCAAGUCCGCUGCUGGCAUUGAGUCUCUGCGAACCACCCUCAAGAAUGAGGAAUUGGAGCGCUAUGGUGAUCCCUUCACACCUGAAUUCGUUUACGAAGCUAUCAGGCAGCUUCCAAGAUUCGCCAGUAUGAGGCGAGGUCAUCAGCAAGAUGCUGAGGAAUUCCUCGGCUUCCUGUUGCAAUCUCUUGAUGACGAGUGUACUGCAGUCCUCAAGAACUCCACACUACCUGAUCAAGAACGCAGGGCCAGUUCUGGGUCAGGUGCUGGUGAAGACUGGCUUGAAGUUGGCAGAAAGCAAAAAGCCGCCGUCUCUCGAUCCUCCGGACCUAACUCUUUCAGCCCCAUCUCGAGGAUUUUCGGUGGUUCAUUAAGGUCAGAGUUCCGUGUACCAGGCUUGAAGGACUCUAUCACCACUGAGCCUUAUCAGCCCCUUCAGCUGGAUAUUGGAUCUCCUGAUGUGCGCAAUGUUGUAGACGCUCUACGAGGUCUUACUCGUCCCGAGCGUCUUCAGGGAGACUUCAACUCACCUCGUGGCAAGGAUGUCACGGCCACCAAGCAAGUUUUCAUUGACACACUACCUCCCGUCCUCAUACUGCAUCUCAAGCGCUUCCAAUUUGAUGCAGAAGGCAAUGGGACUGUCAAAAUUUGGAAGAAGAUCGGCUACCCCUUGGAGCUUGAGAUUCCUCGUGAAGCUUUGUCGCGGCAGAAACGCCAGACGUACGGUGACGACGGCAUGCCCAAGUACAGGUUGAUCAGCGUAGUAUACCACCAUGGAAAGAACGCCAGCGGUGGGCAUUAUACUGUUGAUGUUCGGCGUCAAGAAGGACGCGAGUGGAUUCGCAUCGACGACACCGUCAUUCGCAGGGUCCGAAGUGAAGAUGUUGCCGAGGGCGGCGAGGAGGAAGAGGUCAAAGACAACCGCAAGGACGGUCAAUCAUCUGGUUCUGCUGGAAACCGAUUCAGAGCGGUUCUCGACGAGGAUGCUGGCGAUGAUGACGGCUGGAGCAAGGUCACAAGCCCUGCCGGAGGAGCGAAGAAAUGGAGCAGCGUUGCCAACGGUACUAGUAACGGCAGUACCAAGGCCAAGCAGGUCAAGGACAACAUCAAGGACAACAAGGUCGCCUACCUGCUCUUCUACCAGCGAGUGUAAGGAUUUAAUCACCUUUACCUAUUCACUAUCUAUCACACUCACUAUGCCGCCAUGUUGAGCAUUGAUCAUGGAGGGCGUUAUGUUACGACUUAACACGAGCUUAACGGCCAUAUUUGGAUGGGAAAAGCAGCAUUUUCAGACGGAGUCGCAUGUUGGGGGGUGAAAAACUAGGGAAAAGCUGCAUGUCGGAGAUAUUCAGUAUCCAGCUUGAUGCUCGGCGUAUGGCGUCGAGGAAGGGAUACCUACGGAUUGGACUGGGAAAGAGGAGGCGCCGGUGAGAUGAUGCCUGUGAAAGGCUGAUCGGCCAGCGUACAUGGGAUCCGAGUAAGAAGCUUGGGACCUUUGGAUGAAGCGGUAUAUCAGCAUCUUCUGUUAGAGUUCCUUGGACAGCGACAUAAGAGCUGCCUGGAGAUGAACUUCUCGCGAGGUAAUUCCCAGCGGGUACAUUGUAAAUUACAAAAUUGUGCAUGAGACAGUUUUAUAAAAUAUUCACAUGCGUACAAAGGUUUGGGAGUCAUGACGAUAUGUGCAAAAUGAGUCAAGUCAGAC